AUGCCGGCCAUGAUGGAUGACCCCGACACCCCGACCAUCUACCGGGUCUCGGGCGCACCCCCUUAUCCAGAUCCAACCAAAGCCCCAUCCUUACCCCCGGAGCUCGUGCCCCGUCAAGUGCUCCUCCGUGACCGCCAAACGGCCGCUACCGUGCUGCCCUUUGCUUCCCAGCACCAGGUCCCGCCCUCGCUACUGCGCUACCUCGCCGACCAGCUGAACAAGGAGAUCGAGGGCGGCGACACCUACCCCAUGACGGAGCCCAUGUCGUACGAAAAGUUCGCCUCGUAUUGGUUCCAAAGUUUCGGCGCCGUCAUGCUCCUCGGGAACAUCGAACGCCCCGAGGACAUUGCCUCCCUGCCCGAGGCAGCAGCCGACAACAUGAAUCACAAGAACAGCAGCAAGGCGGCGGGCGACUGGUCCAAGCGAUGCCUCGGCAGCUUCUACAUCAAACCCAACUACCCCGGCCGCAGCUCGCACGUCUGCAACGCCGGCUUCCUCGUCACCGACGCGGCCCGCAACCGGGGCGCGGGGCGUCUCAUGGGCGAGAGCUACCUCGACUGGGCCCCGAAGCUGGGCUACACCUACAGCGUCUUCAACCUCGUCUACGAGACCAACGUGGUGUCGUGCAAGAUCUGGGACGCCCUGGGCUUCAAGCGCAUCGGCCGCGUCAAGGGCUGCGGCAACCUGCGCUCCUACCCGGGCCGCCUCGUCGACGCCAUCAUCUACGGCCGCGACCUCGUCCCCGGCGAGUUCCCCGAGGACCUCGUCUCCGUCGAGCGCUUCGACAAGAUCAAGUACUACCUCAAGUACGGCAAGUACCCCGCCGGCGCCGACCGCGCCGAGAAGAGCCGCCUCCGCAGCGCCGCCACCCACUACAAGCUGCUCGAGAACGACCGCCUCAUGCUCAAGGACAAGGAGGUCGUGCCCGACCCGCGACGCCAGUACGAGAUUGCCCGCCACGUCCACGAGGCCCAGCACGGCGGCAUCAACAAGACCACCGCCACCAUCGCCGAGAGGUACCACUGGAGCCGCAUCAAGGAGACGGUGAGCGACGUGAUCCGGAACUGCGCUGAAUGCAAGGAGCUCGGCAAGAUGCCUGCCCCCGGUAGCGGGAAUGGGGUGGCUGCGGCGCGGGCCCGAGCGAGGGGGAGUAGUAGUAACGACAUCGGCCCUUCCCACCCCCAUGGCGUACUAGGCGUGCCACCCAACCCUGCAGUGUCGGUCCCCGGGUCGCCGCCGCUUCUAUACAACUAUCCCUCUCCCGAGCCGAUACCCCGAGGUAUCUUGCCCACGGACACCCUCCACGACCCGUCGGCCUCCCCCCUGGCCCGACACCGGGGGCUUGGCCACCACAACCCGAUGCUCCAAGACCAGCCCUCCUCCCACGGCCUACCGCCAGAUCACGCACAUCAUCACCAACGCCACCACCACCACCACCACGCCACUCACGGCCCGCACCCCGAUUCCGUCUUCCAGCCCAUUGACCCGCAGAUGAUCAACAACCCGCACCACCAUCCCCAUCCCCAUCCUCAACACAACCACCACCACCACCACCACCACCACCACCACCACACCCCGCCAGGACCCCCCGACAUGGACGCAGAAGCCGACGCAGCCGCGCGCGAAGCCGAAGCCGUAGACCGCGACUUGGACAUGCUGAUCCAGCAAGACGACGACGAGGUCCACCAAGAUCCGCCGCCGCACAAUAAUCACCACGAAGACGAAGAUGAGGCCAUGACGGGUAUCGGCGACGAGGAUGCCGCUGCCUUGUCCGUGUCGGCUUCUGCUUCUGUUCCUCCUGCGGAGCAGCAAGUCCGUCAUAUUAGUGAUGCAGAAGUCCAAGUUGAGACAAUAGAAGGGUCCGGGUCAGGGACAGGGGCAGGGGCAGGGGCAGAGGGGACGCCAGGGGAUGCAGACCCCGAGAGGGAGAAGGGUAUCAGGACAGGAAGAGCCACAACGUGAAUCCAACGACGG